UUGGAAAACUCCAGUGAGAUUGUGUCAUUUGUGCUGGCUGCUUAUGGAAAUGUUGGGGAGUUAAAAUACCUGUAUUUUGUAAUAAUAAUGUUCUGGUACCUCUCUAUAUGUGUGGCCAACACAGUCCUUAUUGUGGUCAUACGUGUGGACAUACAGCUGCAUGAGCCAAUGUAUAUACUGCUUUGUAACUUAUGUGUGAAUGAGAUAAAUGUCAGCACAUCACUAUAUCCUCUUUUGCUCUCACAGAUGUUUUCAGACAGCCAUGAAGUGACUGUGCCGUGGUGUUUUCUGCACAUGUUUUGUUUGUACAUAAGUGGGCCUGCUGAAUUUUGCAGUUUAGCAGCCAUGGCCUAUGACAGAUAUAUCUCAGUCUGUCGUCCAUUACGCUAUAAUGUCAUUAUGAACACAGAGAGAGUGUUUUUCAUGAUUCUCUUCGUGUGGAUAUAUUCAUUCCUUAGUGUAAUACUAUCAUUCUCAUUUAUCUUCAGUUUGAAGUUUUGUGGAACUAUUAUUGAAAAUGUGUAUUGUAACCACAGAUUAAUACUUAGACUUUCAUGUUCACUUUCGGUCUAUAGCUUUUUAUCUGAUAUAUUCUUUCUCAUUGUGAGCUUUUUCAUACCAUUCACUCUCAUUUCAGUCUCUUAUGUGAAAAUCUUGGCAGUUUGUCGAAAAACAUCCACAGAAAACAAGCAGAAAGCUGCGACUACUUGCGUCCCUCAGAUCGUCUCUGUGUCAAACCUGUUUGUUGGCUCAAUUUUUCAGUGUAUCGAUUCCAGUGUUAUAUUUGCUCAUCUACCAGUCCGCAUAAUUUUAUCUAUAUAUCUUUUCAUCUGUCAACCAAUGCUGACUCCAUUUCUCUAUGGAUUUAAUUUGCCCAAGAUAAGGCAAUCAUGUAAAAAGCUUUUGUUUAAGAAAAAUCAAUAG